AUGCCGGCAUUGGCCAAUGAUACAUUCGGCUUGCCUCUGGCAAAGAGGCAAAAACGACUGUUUGAUGAGAAACCUGCGGGAAGCAGCCGUAAUGGCUCCAAAGUCUUCGCUCCCUUUCGGACGUUAGGGCUUGUGUCACCGACCCCCGUGCCCUUUACCAGCGUGCGCCUGGGCAAGUCGACCUUCCAAAUUACAACUUCCGUGGGCCAUUCGCUCCAGACGUAUGACUUGCGCCGAGGCCUGAACCUGAUCUUCUUGAGUCGACCGCAAACACCCGAGAUUAUCACCGCCACCUAUGCCUGGCAAGACAAGGUUUUCGCCGCCUGGGGCCAUCUUCGUCCUCGUUCUUCUGGGGGAGUCUGGGUGUUCAAGCGCGGCAAACGCGUUGCGACCCUAGAUAGUCCGGCGCUAGAUGGACCCAUUGAGCGGUUGGUCGUGUUUGGCUCGUGGGUGAUCGGCUGCUGGGCAGGCGGCCUGGAGAUCUGGAAGACUGGCAGCUACGAACACUAUGCCAGUCUACGACCCCGAUCAACUCCAGGUUCAUCAGGGGAGCAGGUCUAUGUGGGCAUCAUGUGCAAUAUGCCGACAUAUCUCAACAAGAUCUUCGUGGGGCGCAGUGAUGGUGCGGUCGAUAUUUGGAACCUUCGCAGCGGCAAGCUCCUCUACACGAUGCCCCCGCCGCCGUCAGACACCGGACCGGUGACUGCGAUGCAUUCGACUCCUGCCUUGUCUCUUCUGGCCGUUGCACACAAGAGCGGCUCCUUGUCAAUCCACAACGUCGAUUCGGGUCAGUUGGUUUUGUCGCUGAGGACCGCAUCAACUCAGGCUCUCCCGAUAACCUCGAUCACAUUCCGUAGCGAUGGUCUUGGUGCUGGCCACGAGGGCCGAAAGGCAGGCGUGAUGUCCACUGCCUCUAGCGGAAGCGGUGAUAUCACUAUGUGGGACCUAAAUGAUGGGGGCCGUGUGGCAGGUAUCCUCCGCGGCGCUCAUAGAGCCUCGAACAACGAGACCGGCAUGGGUGUGAAUCGCGUGGAGUUUUUGGACGGACAGCCGGUGCUGGUAUCAUCUGGAGACGACAAUGCCUUGAAAACUUGGGUUUUUGAUGAGGCGCCGUUUUCCCCAACCCCUCGGCCACUUCAUUCCAGGGGCGGUCACUCUGCUGCUGUCAGCGCCGUCGAUUUCCUCCCCGCGUCCUCCGAUGGAUCCGAAUCCGGUGGGAAAUGGCUGCUCAGUGCCAGCAAAGACUGCAGCCUCUGGGGCCUUAGCUUGCGCAAGGACAGCCAGCACACAGAAAUUUCCCAGGGUAAUCUGGAACGCAAAGCAAAGAAAUUGGGGCCUUCCGGUCAUUCAAACUCCUCCGCCGUGGAAACGCUUAAGGCGCCCGAAAUCACCUGCCUAGCGUGCUCUCUGAACAGGGAUGGAGGCAUGGGCAUGACAACCUCGGGUCCGAUCUGGUCCAACCCUAAAGCUGCAAAUGCUGACACCUCCAACGCAACUGGUUGGGAAAGCGUUGUCACCGGCCACCGAGGUGAUAGAUAUGCUCGAACUUGGUUUUGGGGCAAGAAGAAGGCGGGACGCUGGGCAUUUGCGACUAGUGAUGGAACUGAAGUCAAGAGUGUGGCUAUGUCUCCUUGUGGGACUUUUGCCGUCGUAGGGUCGGCAGGCGGUUCCAUCGACAUGUUCAAUAUGCAGUCCGGCCUGCACCGCCAGAGUUUCCCUUCUCGCUCGCGCAGGUCUCGGGGUACGAGAUCGCGUGCCAGUGAAGAUUCCCCGGCACCGUCUGCUUUCACUGGGGGUGCGAGCCAUACCAAGGCAGUCACCGGGCUGAUGAUUGAUAACCUCAACCGAACGGUGAUUAGUUGUGGCCUAGAUGGGAAAGUCAAGUUUUGGGACUUACUUUCGGGUUCGUUGAUAGACGAAUUGGAUUGGCAUCCAAUGGCGGCCAUUACGGGGCUUCGCUACAGCAAGACCAGCGAACUGGUCGCCUUUAGCUGCGAUGAUCUCUCAAUCCGUGUGAUCGAUCUGGAGACCAGAAAACUUGUUCGUGAGUUUUGGGGUUGCGUGGGCCAGGUCAAUGAUUUCAUAUUCUCCAACGAUGGACGAUGGAUUAUUGCGGCUUCAAUGGACUCCGUGUUGCGGGUCUGGGACCUGCCCACCGGUCAUCUCAUUGACCUUUUCCGGGUGUCAAGCACCUGCGUCUCGCUGGCCAUGUCAUCCACCGGAGACUUCCUCGCCACCGCGCACGCAGGUAGCAUUGGGGUUAGCCUGUGGAGCAACCGUAGUCUUUUCAUGCCGGUGUCGACCAAAAACAUGGACGAGGACGCUAUCGAGGAUGUCGGUGUGCCGACCUCGUCCGGUGAGAGUGGCGCAGGCCUCGUUGAGGCGGCCUUCCUCGAUGCGCCCGAACAGGACAAUUCCGAAGGACCGGUGCUAGCGACUGACCAACUCCGACAAGAUAUGGUGACUCUCAGCCUGGUUCCUAAGAGUAGGUGGCAAGCACUGCUUCAUCUGGACUCCAUCAGGGAACGCAACCGGCCCAAGGAAGCCCCGAAGGCCCCUGAGAAGGCGCCGUUCUUCCUCCCUUCGCUUCUUGGUACCAACGACCCGCAGUCUACGAACGCGGCCACUGCUGAUGCUGCCGAGCUGAAUUCACUUACGCAGGGUGCGGAAGCAGAGCGUUCGCGGGUUUCUAAAUUGCAGGCUGGGGGGUUGAGCUCCUCCGAGUCGCCCAUUACUCGACUCUUGCAGUCCGGUCAUCGUUCGGGCAACUUCGAUAUCUUGAUCGAGCAUCUCAAGUCUCUACCUCCAGCUCGUGCGGACUUGGAAAUUCGUUCUUUGGAUCCACGAGUGCGCAAUGGUUUCUCUGAAUUGUCCGGAUUUGUCAAGGCUCUAACAAUGCGUUUGAAGCUGCGAAGGGACUUCGAGCUAGUUAAUGCGUGGAUGGCAGUCUUUUUGAAAAUCCACGCCGAUACUGUCGGCCUGUGCUCUCGUCGAGAUGAGCCUGAAUAUCGUGUUUUGCAGGAAGCCCUAGCCUCCUGGGCUCACGAACAGCAUCAAGAAGGGAAACGCCUGGCCGGAUUGGUGGGAUACUGCCGUGGGGUGGUGGGAUUCCUGAGAUCCGCACGCUAG